UAAUGACAGUUAAUUGUCAAUUUUACAAAAAUACAUACGAAAAAAGAGACUAAUUACUUUUAAUGGUUUAAUUCGUCGAAGAAAUGCUGUUUCUGGCAUCGUUGGCGUACCAGUUGGACGGUGUCUUCGGGCUGAAAAUCGAUGCACAGUGGACGGUGUGAAAAGUGCGAAAAUUCCUCGACGAAAAGUGCUACCCGCCCAGCGUUCGCGACGAUGCGCUUGCAGUGCGCGAUAAUGGUGUAACGAAAAGGGGGAAAAACGGCAACGCUCCCAUCUCAGCAACAACACCACCAGCAUCAUCACCAGCUCCGCGGUAGCAGCAGCGCUCCGCCCGACUACCAGCCCGACAGAACCUGGCAAGCUACUUUGGGCCUGUUUUGGUCUCGGACCUUGCACACCGUGCUCAAGUGAAGGCGUUUCGCCUGCGGUUGGUCCCGUCCCUCCCGUGCAUGGUAGUGUGUUUAUUUAUCACCCAUCUCAGCCGAAGCGAACGGAGCGGCCAAUAAUCAUAACAAACUCAAGAGCGCCUUCCUUGGCCCCCCAACACACAGUGUGGCAGCAGCACCAUGUCGUCGGGUUUGGUGGAAAAAUCGUUCGUCAACAAUGAUGAGCUGUUCUAUCUGAAGUGGAACAACUUUCAGAAGAACGUCAGCACCCAGUUCGAAAAGUUGCGCGAAGACGACGACCUGGUGGACAUAACGUUCGCCUGCGAGGGCCGAAUGCUUACCGCGCACAAGCUGGUACUGUUCGCGUGCAGCCCUUACUUUAAGGAGCUGCUGAAGAAAAAUCCCUCCCCGCAUCCAGUGUUUUUCAUGAACGACGUCAAGUACGAUGUGCUGAAAGCCAUCCUGCAGUACAUGUACCUCGGCGAGGUGCACAUCACGAACGAGAAUCUGAAGGAAUUCAUCAAAACCGCCGAAGGGCUGCAAAUCCGUGGACUGAGCAAAGAAAACAAUGGAGAUCUGAUUAUUCCGACACACCAGGACGUACUGCGCCGGGAGGAAAAGAACGAACAAAUGCUGGACGAGUUCUGCCGGAAGCGGUCCGACAUUGGGCAGCUCCAGACAUCGUCCGUGCUGAACAUAAAGCGCGUCAAGACGGCUCCGGACGGCUCGAUGACGGCCGGCGGCGGCGGCGGCGGCCCGGAUGGAAAUGUGUCGGACGUAGAACCGAAAGUGGAAAUGGUCGAGUAUCUGGACAGUGAGGCGGGCACGCACCAAUCGCCAACGUACUGCAGCAUGGAACCGUACGCGGAUAAAACCAAUGCCCGCACCGCCAUGGGCCAUCUGGGGGCAAUCAAUAAUGUAGCCGGUUUCAGCCAAUCCGGCGCCGCGACCGUUUCCGGCGCAGCGGGACCUAAUCAACCCGGUGGCUCUACCGGCCACAGCCAUAAUGUGCACGAGUACAAAUCGGAGGACGACAGCAGUUGGAUGGAGAAGUCGCUCGACAACAUUUCCGUCAACUCGGAGCAAAGCAUGAAGUACAACAGCGGCGGUGGCGGCGGCGGUGCCAGUGGCGGCGGCAGCGGGAACGGCGGCGGCAAUGGUGAUAAGAGCAAGGGGCGCAGCAGUCGGAACAGCAACCGGUCCACGGACGACAAAGCCAACUGUCUGACGCCACGCUGCUGUCCGGUCUGUUCGCGGCUCUACUCGAACGUGUCCAAUCUGCGGCAGCACAUGCGGCUGAUACACAACCCGACGGCCGUCUGCUGCCCGAUCUGCCAGAAGCACUUCAACUCCGAGCUCUACCUGAAGCGCCACUACUCGUCGAUACACUCGAUCAAUCCUAACAGCACCGGCGAUGGUGAGCUGGUCGACACGAAACCUCCCGCGUCGCAACUGCAGCAGCAAGCACCGCCCCAGCAACAGCAAGGCCCUCAGCAAACGCAACAACAGCAACAGCAGCAACAACAACAGCAGCAACAGCAACAACAGCAGCAGCAGCAGCAGCAACAGGCCCAACAGCAACAACCUCAACAGCAAGCUCCAGCACCGACGGCAAAUACCUGGAAUCCGUACCAUCAUCACGAUGCCUCCCAGUUGGUGAAUCCUUUUAUCAAGUAAUUGAUGCCACAUUAUCGCAAGGCCGAUGGAACCUUCUAAUGUGAGUGGCGGCAGUGCGGCACUACCACUACAGGCCGUCGUUUAUACCCUUAGCGGGGUAUGGAGUUGUUGCUCUGUUGUUCCUGGCCAAGGACCUGCUACUAUGAGUGUACCUAAUAUCCGCAUUGGUCACUUCUCUCACCUUCUGCUCACUGUCUUAUACCUUAUAACUGAAGUAUAAUACAUAAUUCCCCACAAUUCACGAGAUGUGGUGGAAGUUGAAUUCAUGCGGCAUGUUGUAAACUCUCACGAAUGGAAUCCACUGAAUGUGCAAUACGAGAAUCUAUUUUUACACCGGAACCACUACAUGUACAUCUGCUGCUGUUUUUGCAUAUGAACGGUACCGAACGUUACACACUACAUUGGCCAAAAUUGUAUAAAAAAGGGAAACGCACGUAGAGAAGUGAUGUUGGACAUCGUCCCAUACAUCAGCAGCACACCAGCGAUCAUCGUCUCAUGUGUGCUUUGUGGUUUAGUCCAUCGUUUGGUGCAAUGGCGCUGUUUAGAUGCAUUGAACGAAGAGGAACCUCCUCCUUCCUUUGGGGAAAAGCAUAUUCAGAGAGAAAUGUUUCAGAAUGUUGAUUUCGUUCCGCCGUGUUGAUUUUAACCUUUCGCUAGCUAGCUUUGUAAGGGUUUAAUAAGUUUAGCUUAGGGUGACUUGUUUUAACGGUACAAAAAGGUGCCACGAAAGUGUGCAUCGGUUUUUAGUUUAGCUGUAGAGCGACCAGUUUGCUGAACAUAUUGCGCCGAAAUGAGGGAAGAUCGUGUAAACACGCGAAAA